AUGACUGUUCGCAUCACCGUCGUACCCGCUUCCACAAAGGCGGGCAAAGAAACCAUCCGUGUGCUUCUCCAGUCUGAGAGCAAACCCUUUGUCCGGGCAGUGUAUCGGGACACGUCCAAGGCCCCGGAGAGCUUCCUCGAGAACCCCAAUUUUGAGGCCGUCCAAGGCGAUGUCGGCAAAGGGACAGGCCUUGACUUCCGCAAUUCAGAUGCAGUCUUUUACAUCCCUCCUCCCACCUACGACGGUACAGACCAGGGAGAGUGGGCAUCUUGCACGGCAACGAACAUUCGAGAUGCUCUAAAAGACGCUCCCAACGUCAGGCGCCUUCUCAUUUUGUCGGCUCUGGGAUCGCAGAAUGAUCACAGCAUCGGCGUUCUCCGACUGAAUCACAUCUCUGACACAAUCCUCAAGGAUGCCGUCCCUGAAGUCACAAUCGUCAGACCCGGUUACUUCCAAGAGGACUGGGCCCACCUUGUGAAAGGGACCCAGGCAGAGGAGCGUGUCAUACAGUCCUGGAUUGUGCCCGCCGAUUAUCAGAUUCCUAUGGUGAGCCUGAAAGACGUAGCCGAGUUCUGCGCGGGCUCGCUGCUUGGAGAGUUUGACACGACCAAGCCCAGUCCCCACUACUUCAAGCUCUUCGGGCCGCGACACUACAGCUCGCUAGAUCUCAAGAGUGCAGUGGAGAAAGUCACGGGCAAUGAGGGCAGGUUGGAACUUGUCCAAAGGGACCAGCUCGCCAGCUUCUUCGCCCAGCAGAUUCCCGACGCAUACGUGCAAGAGUUCGUCGAUAUGGUAACUGCCUCCUUGCCGGGAGGGAUCAUAAGCGACGAUUACGAUUAUGACGAGAGUACUAUCCGAGGACGGGUGGAGUUGGUUGAUGCCCUAGGUGACCUGCAC